GGAGGCUGUAAAAGCUGCGGAUGCCAGCUACUCAUGCAAGCGGGCCUCCUCGCCAGCCCGCCGGUGGGUAUGAGCGCGAGAGAUUAGGAAGUGCCUGUCUGACCAGUUUCUGAAGGCUGAAUGAACUACAGAUCAUCAAAUACAGCAGCUCACAAAGAAGAUCCGGUUGCUUUGGGGGCAACACACCUCCCGGCUGACCGCAAGGGAUGCUGUUACUUGGUAGCCAGCUGAAACCCGCGCUUCCUCAGAAGGCCUUGUGUAGGCUCUGGACUAUAAUGGGGAAACUGCAGAGCAAACUCAGGCACAGCACGUACAAAUACAGCAGGCCUGAUGGAAUUAUAGAAGAGAGAGUCCAGACUAAAGUUUCCCAAGAAUACAGCCCUGCUCAUGUGGACACCGUCUCUGUGGUUGCUACUCUGAACUCAGACCUUUGUGUCUCUGGAGGAAAAGACAAGACUGCUGUGGUCUAUAAUUGGAAAACUGGACACGUGGUGAAAAGGUUCAGAGGACACGAGCGGGAAAUCACUAAGUUAGCCUGUAUUCCCAAAUCAAACCAGUUCUUCAGUGCCUCUCGAGACAAGACAGUCAUGAUGUGGGACCUGCAGGAUUCCUCACAGCCCAGACAGCAGCUGUCUGGCCACGCCAUGGUGGUCACUGGCUUAGCUGUGAGUCCAGACUCAUCACAGCUGUGCUCUGGCUCUCGAGACAACAGCCUGCUUCUGUGGGAUGUGGGCACCGGACAGUGUGUGGAGAGAGCGUCUGUCUCCAGGAACCUGGUCACCCACCUGUGCUGGGUCCCCAGAGAACCAUAUGUAGUCCAGACCUCUGAGGAUAAGACCAUCAGACUCUGGGAUAGCCGGGGGCUUCAGAUGGCUCAUGCGUUCCCCACAAAACAGCACAUCCAGACCCACUGUGAUGUCAGCGUGGAUGGGCGCACGUGCAUCUCCUGCAGCAGCGGCUUUGCCGGGGAAGGCUGUGAGGCCACGUUGUGGGACCUACGGCAGACGAGAGACAGAAUGUGUGAGUAUAAGGGGCAUUUCCAGACAGUUGCAUCCUGUGUCUUUCUACCAAAAUCCAUGGCCUUGAUGCCUAUGAUUGCUACCUCUGCACAUGACUCUAAGGUGAAGAUUUGGAACCAAGAUACUGGAGCCUGCCUUUUCACCUUGUCUCUGGAUGGAUCAGGACCCUUGACCUCACUGGCUGUUGGUGACAUCACCUCCUUGUUAUGUGCAAGUUUCUACAGAGGAGUUCACUUACUGAAAGUAGAGCACAGCCAAGGGCUGGAACUACAGGAAGUGGCAGCCUUCUGAAGCCAAGAGACAUUGAGUGGACAAUAUCAAACAAUGACCCCUCCUUUCUGUGUUAGUAGUUGUUUUAAGUCCAAUGAUUCAAAAACCCAGGGUGUCUGUUUUGUUUGUUUGCUUAUUUCUCUGUACCAGGUCUUACUCUGUAGUCCAGGCUGGCCUUGAACUCAUAACAAUUCUGCCUCAGUCUCCUGACUGCUGGAAUUAUAGGUGUGAGCCAGCAUUCUCAGGAAAACUGAUACUUAGAAACAUGGAAAAGAGCUGGAGAGGUGGCUCAGCAGCUAAGAGCACUGGCUGCUCUUCCAGAGGUCCUGAGUUCAAUAUUCCCAGCAACCACGUGGUGGCUCACAACUAUCUAUAAUGGGAGCUGAUGCUCUCUUCUGGUGUUCAUGAAGACAGAACACUCAUGUAUAUAAAAUACAUAAGUAAAUAAAUCUUAAAAAAAAAAAAAAAAAAAAAGGACCAGCUGGGUGUGGUGGUGUACCCCUUUAAUCCUAGCACUCAGAGGCAGAGGCAAGUGGAUCUCUGAGUUUGAGGCCAGCCUGGUCUCAGAGUAAGCUCCAGGAUCCAGGACAGCCAAGGCUACACAGAGAAACCCUGCCUUGAAAAAACAAAAAACAAAAAACAAAAAAAAAAAAAAAAAGAAGAAGAAGAAAGAAAGAAGACUAAAUAUAAGGCAAAUCCAAAUGGAAUAUCUAAUGAGCUUUGGGGCUGCUCUUCAAAGUGAAUGUAUUUAUUGCUUAAGAAAAUAACUUGGAGUCAUAAGAGCCUCUGAGGAUGAAAACAUGUGCUAGGGGCAUGACUCCAUGUCCCCAUGAAGGAGACACAUCAAGCUGGGUAAGAAUAGUGGCAUUUAUAGAGAAAGGAGAUGAUGGGCAAUGACAUUAAGCUCGGUCAGCCCAAAGCCCCUUAGGGGGAGCGGGCAACACAGCAAGAGGCAGGAACUUCCUGCCAUCUACCUUUCUGGGGCAGUGCUGCCGAGAGGCCUGCAAAUAAGCACAAGAACCCUGCCCUGAAUUGCAGAAAUUACUAGGCCUCCCCCAUGUAUCAAGAGCAGAGGCAGGUAGAGGGCUAGAGAGAUGGCCCAGUGCUUAAGAGCACUGUCUGUCCUUCCAAAGGACCUGGGUUCAAAUCCCAGUUUCCACAUGGCAGCUCACAACUGUAUGUAACCCCCAACUCCAAGGGAUCUGACUCCUUUACACUAAUUUUUUUUUUUUUAAGUAGAGGGGAUCAAGAGACUAAGGCUAAGAAAUAAAUGUGCAUUUUAAUUUGAUUUUCAUUUAUAUAAAACACUACAGCAUGUACUCUCUCUACCUCCCGCCCCCUGGGGAUGGCCAGAGGCAAAGGAGCCAUCUCUGGAGUAGAGAGCCGGAAGGAUGGAGGCCACUGAGCACCCUCAGCAAGAAGGGUUGAGUUGCUUACGUCAUGCUGUGUGGCCCCAACAAGUCUGUUCUUAGCCAGGAGCCCAGAAGCCCAUUUUCCUCACUGGAAAAUGGAGCCUUUCUUGCUUUUAGAUGAGUCCUAAGGUAAGGCAGCUGAGGCCCGGCUAGAGAAUGGCUGCAUUUAUAGCUGCUGGUCUGUCUGUCCAUGGUUCAGGGGUUGCCCACCAUUUCUUCUCCCUCCUGCUGUCUCCAGGGUCAGGAGGAAAGUGUGUUCUUGGGGCUCGGAGAGUCUGGCCCGAGUGAAAAUUCCAUGGAGUUAACUUUGAGAAAGUUAUCCAGUCUUGGCUUCCUCGUGGGUAAUAGGCUGCUCAUGGCCAUACCUCCCUCACAGGGCUGUUCUGAGGCAAGCUGGAACUACAGCAAACAGCAGGCAAGGGAGCCACUCAGUAUCUUGUCUGGACUGAAUACUCAGUGUUUAUUAUUCCCACA